AUGGGCGAGAACCAAGCGAACGCCGCCAACACGGCGCAAGGGCCGGCUCCGACGAUGCAAAUGUACAGAGAGGAACAAGUUCGCCUGCGCCAGAUGCUGGACAAGAGAGCGGUGAUUGCUAGGAAGCUCGCCACGAUCGAGGCCGACAUUGAGCAAAAGGAGACGGCGUACCUCGACAGCACACCGAAUGGCAAUAUCAUUGCCGGCUUCGACAACUACAUCAAGGGCUCCGGCGCGGCUGCGCAGCGGCGCAAGGCUGGCGCCACGGAGCAGAACCGCGUGUUCUCGCGGAGCUCCGUGUCGUAUCGUCCUGGCAGUGAAGCCACGACACCUGGCUCGACUCCCGCUUCGCAUGCGCCGACUCCCUUGUCGACGUCCUUCAAGGACGGCGGCGGCGGCGGCGGCUCGAACCACGCAACCCCAACGUCGGCGACGGCAUCGAAAUCCGGAAAGAAGAACAAGAAGCAGACUGAGGAGGACAGCGAUCACGACUCCCAAGCGCCGAACAAGAAGCGCAUCAACUUUGGCGCUGGCCGCAAGUGA